GGAGCCCGUGGGUGAGGGGCUGGCGGGGCCGGAGGGGGUGAGCUGCAAGGACUGGGGUGGGACCACGGAGGGGACGGGUGAGCCUCGGGGACGCACGGUCACUGGGAGGCCGAGGACCCCCGGGGCUGGCAGGAGGUCUGUGCCCUGGGUGAUGCCACUUCUCCUACUUAUCUCCUUUUGUGGCCGGGCGCAGUGGCUCACGCCUGUAAUCCCAGCACUUUGGGAGACCGAGGCGGGCGGAUCACCUGAGGUCAGGAGUUCCAGACCAGCUUGGCCAACAUGGUGAAACCCCAUCUCUACUAAAAAUACAAAAAUUAGCCAGGCAUGGCGGUGGGCGCCUGUAAUGCCAGCUAACUCAGGAGGCUGAGGCAGGAGAAUCGCUUGAACCCGGGAAGCAGAGGUUGCAGUGAGCCGAGACUGCGCCACUGCACUCCAGCCUGGGCGACAAGAGCGAGACUCCGUCUCAAAAAACAAACAAACAAACCUCUGAGUCAUUUCUAAGUAAAACACUGAAACAUUAAUUACUAAGCAUAAGUUUAAGCUUAUAUACUUUAGUAUCUUAUUUUUAUUUGGUAUAGGAAAGCUAAAUAUAUUUACACCUGUUAAUAAAAAAAUUUAGGAGAUGUAUCUGUGUAAAACAUGAAAUGGUUUUCAUCUACAAAUACAGUUCAAAAUUACUCGCUAAGUUUUUAACUGAAAAUUAGGGUCACUAAGUUAACACUGUAAUUAAUAUAUGUAACUGAAACUACUAAAUAUAAGAGAAACAAUUCUGUAUGUGAGAUGUAUAAGAAAAGCAGUUUGUUUUUCUUUUGAACAUUUCGUGUAGUAAUAAGAGACUGUAAAAUAUUUUUAUCUUUUGAGUAAACAGAAAAAAAAAAGAGGGGAAAGAGGGAGAGACAUUCUGUUUGCCUCACGCUGUCUUUAGUAGGCCGAUUGAUUGAUUGGGAAACUAAGUCUCCUCUCUGUCAUAGUAAAGGUUUUUGGUUUGGGAAAUCUCUGAAUUACCAAUUUGAUUAAAUGAAUGGCUUAUUUUACAGUGACCUGUGGUCCUAUUUUGAGAUUGUUUUAAGCCUCUGAUAUUUGACUUCCCAAAACCAAAUUUCAAAUCCUAACAUUAAGAGUUUUUUUCACCUGAACUAACUUAGAUAUAACGAAUAGGAACCCCAAGAAGUCUAAGGGAGAUGUAUGAGGCUUAUGUGGUACGUUAAAAUCAUACAGGAAGCAUCGUCAAAUGUGGGAUGCUGUUGGAGUUAUAUUUGUAUAAAUGUAUUAACAUAUGUUCCAAAAUUGUAUGAGAUUCCUAAAAAUUCUGACAUAUCUUGGUAUAUGUUAUCAGUCAUGAUUACGAUUAUAUGUUAAACUGUUUUAACCACAGAAGUAACCAAAUUCCCUGCCAAUCCUGUCUUCACCCAUGGCUGCUCUGUCUUUUGUCAUCCGCAGAAAAUUACUGUUUUACUUUGAUUCUUCUGAAAAUGCAGUUUAAGGUCGGGCACAGUGGCUCAUGCCUGUAAUCCCAACACUUUGGGAGGCUGAGGCGGGUGGAUCACUUGAGGUCAGGAGUUUGAAACCAGCCAGGCCAACGUGGUAAAACCCUGUCUCUACUAAAAAUACAAAAUUUGCUGGGCAUGGUGGCUCAUGCUUGUAAUCCCAGCUACUUGGGAGGCUGAGACAGGAGAAUCGCUUGAACCUGGGAGGCGGAGGUUGCAGUGAGCCAAGAUCGUGCCACUGCACUCCAGCCUGGGCAACAGAGCGAGACUCCAUCUCAAAAUAAAUAAAUAAAUAAAAUAAAAUAAGCUACAGUCCGAAAUUUGCAUUUUCUUCACGGAAAUUCAUGGAAAGGACAUUGACAAGUAUACAGACUUCUGAUAACUUAGGAGAUCACACCAGUAGACCAGAUAAAAACUUCCAGGACUCUUAUUUAAAAGCUGAUGCAGUCAUGAGGAUUGCUAACCCAACAUCAUACAGAAAAAAGCAGCCGGGCGUGGUGGCUCAUGCCUGUAAUCCCAGCACUUUGGGAGGGUGAGGCGGGUGGAUCACGAGGUCAGGAGAUUGAGAUCAUCCUGGCUAACAUGGUGAAACCCCGUCCCUACUAAAAGUACAAAAAAUUAGCCGGGUGCAGUGGCGGGCCCCUGUAGUCCCAGCUACUGGGGAGGCUGAGGCAGGAGAAUGGCGUGAACCCGGGAGGCGGAGCUUGCAGUGAGCCGAGAUUGCACCACUGCACUCCAGCCUGGGCGACAGAGCGAGACUCCAACUCAAAAAAAAAAAAAAAAAUACAAAAAAUUAGCCGGGCGUGGGGGCAGGCACCUGUAGUCCCAGCUACUCUGGAGGCUGAGGCAGGUGAAUGGCGUGAACCCGGGAGGCGGAGCUUGCAGUGAGCCGAGAUUGCACCACUGCACUCCAGCCUGGGCAACAGAGCGAGACUCCAACUCAAAAAAAAAAAAAAAAUACAAAAAAUUAGCCGGGCGUGGGGGCAGGCACCUGUAGUCCCAGCUACUCUGGAGGCUGAGACAGGUGAAUGGCGUGAACCCGGGAGGCAGAGCUUGCAGUGAGUGAGCCAAGAUCGCGCCACUGCACUCCAGCCUGGGCAACAGAGCGAGACUCUGUCUAAAAUAAAAAAUAAAAAAAAAAAAAAACCCAGCAAAUUACAUAGAACUGAACUGACAGAGGCCUGAAAUGCUUUUUAUGAUUUUUUGUUGUUAUUGAAACCUUGCUGACUUUUUAUAUUUCGUUUUCCAGAGUCAAAAAACCUUUUUCUUUCUGAGCUAUUUAUAGCUACAGCAACUGGGUGACAUAUACUUUUGUGAGCAAAACUGAAACAUUUGUCUUUUUCUCUACCUGAUUUCUCAAAAAUCUGGAAGCGAUUCAUGAGUAUUCUUAUUUUAUGGCAAUGUAGUUCUUUGCAUGAGUUCAGUAAGAAUCUGUUUUCCUUGUAACAGGACACAAUUGAAGACCCUGGUUAUUCUACCAAGGCUUGGACUGGGAUGACGUAGUUUUGGAUAUGACCAGAUUGCUUUGAGGAAUCGAGGUUCGCUUUAUAGAGCCAACAAAAAGCCCCUUGGGACGACUGGACUGGUGCCCGGUUUACAUAGUUCCCUUACAAGGUUCUUGGCCUUGAGGCAUUCGACCAAGCCGUGACCAAGGACACCUGCAUGGCGGUUGGCUUCUUCCAGCGAGGAGUGGCCAACUUCCAGCUGGCAAGGUUCCAGGAGGCUCUGUCUGACUUCUGGCUGGCCCUGGAGCAGCUGAGGGGCCACGCUGCCAUUGACUACACACAGCUGGGCCUGCGGUUCAAGCUGCAAGCGUGGGAGGUGCUAUACAAUGUGGCGUCGGCACAGUGCCAGCUGGGGCUCUGGACAGAGGCGGCCGGCAGCCUAAGGGAGGCCAUGUCCAAGUGGCCGGAGGGGUCCCUGAAUGGCCUGGACUCAGCCCUGGACCAAGUGCAGAGACGGGGCUCACUGCCGCCACGGCAGGUCCCCAGGGGCGAGGUCUUCCGGCCCCACCGGUGGCACCUGAAGCACCUGGAGCCCGUGGAUUUCCUGGGCAAGGCCAAGGUGGUGGCCUCUGCCAUCCCCGAUGACCAGGGCUGGGGCGUGCGCCCUCAGCAGCCACAGGGACCAGGAGCGAACCAUGAUGCCAGGUCCCUAAUCAUGGACUCCCCAAGAACUGGCACCGACCAGGGCCCCCUCAAUGCAGAGACAGAGGUCGGUGCUGACCGCUGCACGUCGACCGCCUACCAGGAGCAGAGGCCCCAGGUGGAGCAAGUUGGCAAACAGGCUCCUCUCUCCCCAGGGCUGCCGGCGAUGUGGGGGCCUGGCCCCGUCCACUGUGAGGACCCUGCGGGUGCUGGGGGAGCAUGUGCGGGGGGCUCCGAGCCCCUGGUGACCGUCACCGUGCAGUGCGCCUUCACCAUGGCCCUGAGGGCACGAAGAGGAGCCGACCUGUCCAGCCUGCGGGCACUGCUGGGCCAAGCCCUCCCUCACCAGGCCCAGCUUGGGCAACUCAGGUGGGCCAGGAAGCCCCUGGUGGCUGCAGUGGAGCUGGGCACCCCCCCAACUGAGGCAGCUGCUGGAAGGGGGGUGGCAGAGGUCACCGCCCUCCCUGCAGACCCUACCCAGGAGGCCCCCUCUGAGGAAUCUCUUUGCAGUUACCAAGCCCCAGGUGAGGAAGGGCACUGGGUCCCCAUCCCCAAGGAGGAGUCGCUGCAGAGGGCCUGGCUGGACACAGCUGCCUGCCCCAGGGGGCUGCAGCUGCAGUGCAGGGGAGCCGGGGGCCGGCCGGUCCUCUACCAGGUGGUGGCCCAACAUGGCUACUCUGCCCAGGGGCCAGAGGACCUGGGCUUCCGACAGGGGGACACGGUGGACGUCCUGUGUGAAGUGGACCAGGCGUGGCUGGAGGGCCACUGUGACGGCCGCAUCGGCAUCUUCCCCAAGUGCUUCGUGGUCCCCGCCAGCCCUCGGAUGUCAGGAGCCCCCGGCCGCCUGCCCCGAUCCCAGCAGGGAGAUCAGCCCUAGCAAUGCUGUGUCCACGAGCUUUAAUAAAAACAACCCCCACUGCA